CCUCCAUUUACACCAACGUUCAAACGACUGUGUGGUUCAUCAUGAGGGAACUUGCCAUAGUUUUGUUCAUUUUUGCUCUGUACCACAACAUACAGGCCCAAAAUGUGAAACCAGAAUUCUGUAGUCAACCACCAGAAGAAGGGACGGGAUCCGACAGUAGAGUGUACAUGUACUACGACAUGAAUAAAGAUCAGUGUCUUCUCUUCAAAUACAAAGGAGUGGGUGGGAAUGCAAACCGUUUCAUUGCUGAGAAGCACUGCAUGAGAAACUGUUCUGACAGAGCUGAAGAGCUGUUUCCGAUGGACGAUAAAAAGACCUGCCAGCUUCCAAAACUACCAGGGGACUGUUUUGGCAACUAUAUCCGGUAUUACUACAGCCCAGAGCAUCACACAUGCAAGAAAUUCUACUGGAGUGGCUGUGUGGGCAAUGGAAACCGGUUCUUGACAUUUAAUCAUUGCAAUGGCACAUGUUUCAAUGCAGCAGAUGUAGGCCAUGAAGAUCAUUCAGAUGAAACAGAUGUACAAGUCGGAAUUAUCAUAGGUGUUGUCAUGGGCCUUAUUGGAGCCAUUAUUCUCAUUGUGGUCAUUGUCUUUGCAGUCAAGAAGUCUGGAUCAAAAAAGGAAAAGAAAGGAAAGAAAAAGGAAGAUGCAAAGACAACAGAGAAACCAUUAAAAGAGGAGAUAAUUGAGAUGUCUUUAGAUGAAGCAAAAUGAUUCAAAAACUUGAAUGCUCUGACCAUUACCAGUAAUUCAUCACAAAUGUACAUUAUGGUAUAAAAAGAUUUUUUUGGCAAAAUAAUUUUUUAAAAGAAGGGCAGAUAUAUAGGUACAUAAUGUUUCUGUUGUUACUUGCUCUUGACUUUUUUAUAUGUCCUCUAAAGCAAAAAUAUUACAAUAAAAAUAUAAAAUAGAAAAGUUUGCAUGUUCUUAAUCGCCUUUAUUUUAUUUAACCAAGAUUAAUGAAUGCUGUAAUAGUAU